AGUUAUAUCAUACACUUUCUGUCAAACUGUCAAUCAAAGUGUUGUGUGUGAUAAUUUAUGACCCUCUGUGCUUCCCUGACUGGCAGGUCUGUAGGGGUGGUGAGGGGGGUAACCCUAUGGAGUUUAUCAGCUGGUCAAUCUGGCUCCUUUGUGUCUGGGGGUGUUGUGGAGAGGUGUGUGUUGGGGGGAAUAGCCCCCCUCCCAACAAAAGGUGUUUAUGUUAAUGAGUUUGGUUUUUGGUGGGGUGAAAUACGUCUGAAAAGAAAUAAUGUUUUUAAUAUGGGGCUGUGUUUGUGUUACUUUGUGGCGUUAUUUCGUUUGUGUAAACACAUUGUUAGAAAAGCAUGAUGUUUGAAUGUGUACAUAUAUGAGUAGAAUAUUUGUUUUGUGAAAUAAAUGAAAACAAAAUGUUGAUUAUGUUUUUUAGGGAUCCCGGUUUACCUUUGAAUAAAAAGUUUAGGAGUUAAAGCGUCUUUUUUUAAAAAAGAAUCUGUUUAAAAAAGAAUCUGUUUAAAAUAAUCGUUUGUAUUACAUACAUUCUAAACACAAACCUUUAGGAUGUAAAAAAUGAUCAAAAGAGCUGUUUAAAAAGAAUCCGUAUUACUAGGUUUCCAAAAAAAAACACAUAAAAACUUUAGGAGGUAAAAAUGGUUAAAAGAGCUGUUUAAAAAGAAUAGCACCUAUUACACGGCUUCUAAACAAAGAUCCUUACGAGGUAAAAAUGUUAAAGUGCUGGCUAAAAGAAUCUCCGUAAUGUUUAAACUAGGAGAGAAGUAUUUUCCAGAGAUGUCUUCCAGUCGCUGUGUUAAGCAGUAAUGAGGUUAAACGGAGACGCCUCACUCUCGCUAAACCCCGCCCACACAUACGCGAUUUCAGACACGCCUCUCACUCUCUCUCUAAACACACCCAUUCACAUGUUUUCAUCGUAGCCAGUACGUUCUGUCAAAAUGUCAAUCACGGCGGUAGAACUAGAGGGCUAAUUUAUGGCCUCGUCCUUGACAGGCCUGCGUUUCUCUAGGAGUGCUUAAUUUAUGGCUCUUUGUUUCUUCCUGACCAAAGAGUUUUUUUAUGACUAGGGGGGUCGUGGUGUGAUCCUACAGAUUGUUUAUGAUAAUGAGUGUCUGCGGGGGUGUUAAUUGCUUUACGACACACCCUACAAUAGGUAUGCUUUAUGUUUAAAAGUAGGGUCAGUUACGCAGAAGUCUCUAAGAUCGCGGCCGUGUAUCAGAGCGCUGUGUAAUUUUAGGCGAAUCGUCGAUUCUCGUUUUAACUCACCGCUAAAGCUUUAUAUUUUAUUUUUGAGAAUACUUCAAAGAGGAGAUGGCUGUCUGUCGUAACAGUGAUGAUGAUAUUGUGUCUAUCCCGGACAUCGUAGACGAAAUCAGGUUUCUGAACAAGGCAAGCGGGUCGAACACAGAAGUCCCGCGAGUCAGGUUUGAAAACCCCGUGCUGGGUAAGAUCUGUAAUAACGAGAUAUUUAUCUGUUAUGUUUAAAAAGUGGUUUAAGAUGUUUUCUUACGUAUUGUGUUCGUUUGUUUACUGUUCAAGGAUUGUCAAAUCUUGUAGACAAGAUCGCUGCACCCGAGUUCAAAAAUAGUGCUGCGGUUUCCACUGAACGCGGUAUACCAACGAGCUCUGGAAAAGCCAAGCGUAAAACAGUCGCUCAGGUCCACAGCGCGGGUGUCGCAACGUCUAAACGUAAACGAUCAAGGUCUCCCCCACGAUCGACAGACGGUGUGUAGCAUGUAUUUUUAUUUUUUUAUUUUAUUUUUUAAAGAGUGUUUCAUCAUCCUAAUUAGUGCCGGUAUCCUAAGCAAUGUUUUGUGUUUUUUUUCCCCAAACAGAGUCAGCUGUGAAUGAACCGAGCACUAUAGACUCUUGUUUGAACUGGAAUCAGGAGCUGUUAGAUUCGUGGGACGCAUGUGUAUUUACCCCGGUUCCCGGAGACGAUCUGCCUUCAAACCAAGAAGCAUUUGGUCGCGAUGCUACUGAUGUUAUAGACAAUAACAGAGACUCGGCGGAGGUGAUACGAACCGGGUUCAAGGCCAUCGAGGACCGUAUUGCUGGUUUUGAAAAGACUUUUGCCAGCGUCACCGAGCGUCUGGACAUUAUAGAGAAGAAUCAGCGUCUUUAUAAUCAAAGUCUUGUGGAAACUUUACAAAAACAUACCAUCACACAUAAAGAAAUCAUAGCAAACCAGAGGCGUCUUAUUGGGGGCAUUCGUCGCGUUGAUCACAAUCAACACCUGACGGCGGAAUUGUUAAAACAGUUUGUACAGUUAGUUAAAAACAAGAAACUCGGGUGAGUUGUACAAUAAGUAUUUUAUACCCCUGUGUGUGUGUGUGUGUGUGUGUGUGUGUGUGUGGUGCGUUUAUUUGCUGGUGUGUAUCUGGUUUACUGUGUGUGAUUUUUACUAGUUUUUGUUUCAAUAAUAAAAAUGUCAAAGCGGUGUGGUGAAAACUCGUGUAAUCUGGGAGCUGCAAUUAAAUUUAGAAGAUGCGACGACGAUGGUCUGUGUACUUUUGAACAGCGUUGCAAUACAGAGACGUUACAGGGUUUAAUUCGGACAAUGGAGGAUCUGAAUAGACAGCAGUCUACCACCGAUACUUUGUUGGACUUAUUAAACAUUGUUAGAUCAAUGGCUGAGGUUCAAACAGAGCCGCUGCCUAAUUCGUUGUUAGACAUCGGUUCAAAUUCGUUGUUAGACAGCGAUUCAAAUUCACAGCAGGUGGGGUGCGGGUCGGACAGUCAAUCGUUUAAUCCUUCGGAACCAAAUUUUGGGUUAUCCGAAGCCGCUAUUGAGUCUAUCGUAAGAGAGGGUGGGUCUGUUGGUGAUUAUACGGUGGUACCGAGAUGCAGAUUUAAUGGUUUGGAGAUACGGCGUCGUAUAAACAUGCGUGUGAUAACCGCUCCAGACCUGGCAGCGUACGCUAUAUUUCUGCAUGAUAUCAUGUCUGAAAUAGUGUCGUUUUCCAGACUGCUGGCCGGCGAUGGGGGCUUAAUCAACAUUACCUUGAGAGGCCCUAGUCUACCCUCUGACGUUAACGCUGUCUUGUCACCUGAUAACGAUUACGAUUUGCACAUAUUCACACAACAACUAGAGAACAUUAUGCAGAGUAAUUCUGACGUACGGGUUGAUGAAUGUCUAGAUCUGUACGUGUCUAUAGCUCGCGGUAAACACGGUGGCGCUUAUCGAAAGAUACGUGAUUUAGCUCAUAACGAGGUGAUUGCCAGAAACAGAAUGAAUCUGUUCUGUCCCAACAACAUAUCUAACAAUCUGUGUUUUGCGAUCUGUCUGUCCCAUUUUCUACAACCGCAUACGCCAUGUAGUGAACUCGAGUCGUUAGCAGCGUCUCUACAGAAAACUGCAGGGUAUUCGGUACAACAAAAGAUAGGGUUUAAUGACAUCACACGAUUUGAACGGUUGUUACAUGUUAAAAUAGUGGUGUUCCAUAGGACAUGUUCUGGUCUGUUGGAACACUUUACGAACAAUGACGAGCCUCAUAAUAAGACCGUGUUCUUGUAUUUACACAACGAACAUUAUUUCUUGAUUAAGAACCUAAAAGCAUUCAUCGGUACACCAUACGUGUGCGAAUACUGCUAUCGUGGUUUUACUAGCAGCAGAGACCACAGGUGUAAAUACGUUUGCGAUGUAUGUAAUGCACCUGAUUGUCAUAAAUACGCUGGCAAAACGAGGCAAUGUCACGAUUGUUUGCGGUACUGCAGAUCAACCUACUGUUACAACGCACAUAAACAAACGCAAACAGGACAACAGUACGCUCAGUGUGAUGUCACUAAAUACUGUCAGAAAUGUAAUAGGCGAUAUCACGUCAACGGAGCAGUACCAAAAAAACAUGUGUGCCCUGCAGAACACUGUAUCCAUUGUAAAGCUGAGUUGGUUAAUGACGGAGUACACCAAUGUUUCAUACAGCCUAUAAAAAUGGAACCACCUAGCGACAAAUACAUUUAUUAUGAUUUUGAGACACAACACACGGACGGUAAACACGUGGCAAAUUUCGUAUGCGCCAUUACAUUUAAAGGGGAAGAGUUCACAGCCGCUGGUACAGACUGUAUAGAUCAACUUGUUAAAAAGUUUAGACAGCCUCAUUAUCAGAAUUACACAUGGGUUGCACACAACGCUUCAGGGUUUGACAAUUUUAUACUAUUGGAAUAUUUUGCAAAAGCAGGGCUAACACUCCAAAUUACUAUGCAAGGCUGUCGGAUCAUCUUAAUGUAUGAUAAGACAUUCAAGCAACGUUUCAUCGAUAGCUACUCUUUCAUCCCUAUGCGUCUGUCCAUGACAUCCGCCGCGUUAAAUCUAACCUGUGCUGAGAAAGGUCAUUUUCCACAUCUGUUCAAUAGAACCGAAAAUGAAGACUACGUAGGCCCAUACCCUGAUAAGCAUUUCUACGGCUAUGAGACAAUGUCUGACAAAGAGAGGGCUCUGUUUGAUGAGUGGUAUGUUACGGUGUCGGGUAAGGUUUUUGAUUUAAAAAAAGAGCUCGCCAUGUACGGCAAGAACGAUGUCGUUUUGCUCCGUGAGGCAUGCAUGAAGUACCGUGACGAAUUCAUACAAUGUACCAAACUCGACCCAUUCAGAUACACCACUUUAGCAGCGUGCUGCAUGGCCGUGUAUAAAACCCACUACCUACCAAAAGACACACUAGCUCUGACCCAUAACAAUGCAUACACAAAUCAGAACAAGACAUAUUCAGCCGUUUCCAUUGAAUGGCUUGAAUAUGUCAAAACAACACGAGGCGUGAACAUUCAGCACGCUUUAAAUCAUGGAGAGAUGGUGAUUGGAAAAUAUCAUCUCGAUGGUUAUUAUGAAAAGGAUGGUGUCAAAUAUGGUUUCGAAUUCAACGGAUGCAUGUUUCACGGGCAUGAAUGUCGUUAUAACCCAAACCAUUUACAUCCGUUAUCAAAAGUGCCCUACGGUUUGCUCAGAAGACAGUUUGAUGAUAAGGUCGAAAUUUUGGAAAAGGCGUAUGGUCUCGAUGUUGAGGUGAUGUGGGAAUGUGAUUGGAAUAACGCUAAACAGAACGAUGUCGCUGUAAUGGCGUUUAUGUCCACUUACAUACAUCCUGAACGAUUGAAACCACGCAACGCGCUAUUCGGUGGUCGUACUAACGCGUACAAAUUGUAUCACAAAGCCCACAAUAGUGAAAAAAUACGAUAUGUCGACUUUACAAGUUUGUACCCCUUUUGCCAGGCCAAAAAAUGUUACCCCAUAGGACAUCCACAAAUAAUUUUCAAGGAUUUUGAACCUCUUGAAAAUUAUUAUGGGUUUGUCAAGGCUACAGUACUGCCACCGCGAAAACUGCUUCACCCCGUCCUUCCCUAUAGGACCGGUGGUAAGCUUAUGUUUCCACUUUGUCGUACAUGCGCCGAACAUCAGAAUCAGACAGACCCGUGUGGUCAUACUGAUGAGGAAAGAGCUAUUUCAGGAUGUUGGGUCAGCAUAGAGCUGUUGAAAGGUGUGGAAAAGGGUUAUAUUGUAACGAACGUGGACGAGGUGUGGCAUUUUCCACAACGGUCAGAAACUUUGUUUUGUGAUUAUGUUAAAACAUUUUUACAAUAUAAACAAGAGGCCAGCGGUUUCCCCGCACACGUUAUGACAGACGCAGACAAGGAAUCCUACAUCUCAGACUACUUUGAGAAAGAGGGGAUUAAGAUGGACGCCGGUAAGAUAAGUCGCAAUCCAGCACGGCGUUCUAUUAACAAACUUCUGCUGAACUCGCUUUGGGGUCGUUUCUCCAUGCGUGAAAACUUGCCGUGUACAGAGUUAAUUUCGGAUCCGGAACAAUUUACACAGCACAUAUUCGGUGACGGGUAUGAUGUUAAACACUUUUCCUUCGUUUCAGACAGCGUGGCUCUAAUUCAGUGGUGUUAUGCGGAUGGGAAAGGGGGGCAGACUCGCGACAUCAACAUCUUUCUUGGGGCUUUCACAACAGCUCAUGCCCGUCUAGAACUUUACGAAUUAAUGGACAAAUUGGGUGACAGGCUGUUGUACAGUGACAUAGACAGUGUGAUCUUUACAUCUAGAGAGGGCGACUGGGAACCUCCGUUGGGCCCCUAUCUCGGUAAUUUAACUGACGAGGUUGGAGCUGGUGAUCAUAUUGUAGAAUUUUGUUCAGGCGGCCCGAAAACAUACGGCUACCGCACUGCGAAGGGUAAGGUUUGCAUGAAAGCCAAAGGUGUCACGCUCAACGCAGUAAAUUCAAAAGCCAUUAGAUUAGACACCCUGAUUGGACUUGUCGAUCACUACGUCGUGGGGGAGGAUAAUAGUCGUCAUAUACUGGCAUACACAGAUACCAUUGUACGUAAUAAAAAACAAUUCACACUACACAACAGGUCAGUUGUUAAAAAGUUUAAGGUUGUGUACAACAAACGCGUACUGCUCCCAGAUUUCACAACGAUCCCAUAUGGCUUCUGACAAUCUCUUUGGACAUAGGGGUGUGCGAGACACAGAGGGGUUUGAUUUCCGAUUACAUCACCCUUUCUCGUGUGUGAUAAGCGGUCCUUCAA